UACUCAAAUCAAACCAGCUAAUCAAAAAGAGUUGGAAAAGGCUAUUUUAACCCUCAACAAUGAAGGGAAGCCCGAAGUGGAGAUGAAACCGUAUCCUGCGUAUAUAUAUGAUCCUGAGAAGACAAGAAAUUCUUGGUUAAACUAUACAUCUAUGAUGCGACACAAUUAUUUCAAUAUCAAUUAUGAUAAAAAUCUUCAGACUUUUAUAGAAAGUGACAAAUAUGUUAGUGGUGCAUUUUCUACUGAUAAAAGUGAUCGUAUUACUAACGCGAUUUACUCUUGGACCUUAGAGUUGGUGUAA